AUGCCCGGUUCCGUUUCCGAAUAUACGGAUGAUUUUCCAACUAAAUACACUCCGGAAAAUGAUGGUCUACAUUCCCACUCGACUAGGGGCCUUGAUGGAAGCCACAGGAUACAGUGCGAUAUCGGCUUAAUAAAGGGAAGAGGAACCAAGGAGCAUCGUAAAUCGAAUUUUUCUGCUAAGAGGAACUUAUACUAUUUAUUGGAAGGCAUUGACGAGCACUCUCGGAACCGUGUUAUAGGAUAUAUAAAUAGAAAGACUUUUGCGUACUAUAUCUUGAAUACGAUCCUGAAUAACAAUCAGUCUAUUUUUAUAGCGACUCCUGUAAGAAAGUUACUACUUGACCUCGCUACCUAA